AUGGCAACUAUUCCUGUCAUCAACAUCACUGAGUCAAAACGUCAUUUCCCUGAAACUGAAACCCUUUACAUAAAACGGGUUUAUAGGUGUUCGCCCUACCGUGGAAAACUCAUCAUUCAUUACUUUCUCCUUGAUGUUUCUGGAUCUGAUGUGGACGAGGGAUCGCAUGAUGAAUCUGACUCUGAUGCCGAGUACAAACAUCCUUCUCUUGAACCUCCCGAAGAACCAUACACUCCCGUCUCACCUCCUCCUUCACCAUCCGUUGGCAGCAGCAUUGUGUCAAGAAGCCUUUCUAAACUUAAGAAGACUAAGAAACUUGAGAUACAAGUCUUACCGUGA